CUUCCUCAAGUUUGAAAGCAUGGGUUGGUAACAGGGAAAAAGGUGCGGGGCUGCUGCUAUGGAAGCAGAGAGGCCCCCCGGGGCCCAGGUCAGUGGCUGGCUGCAAGCUGCACACAGGCAUGCCCUGGACUUUCUGCAAUAUGAGGGGGGUGCAGAAGCCCCUGAACUCUGUAAUGACGUCAUCAGGUGCAUUCAGACUUUCUGCCCCCAACUGCCACUCAGCUACAGUUUCACAAGCGUCUCGCAGCUCCUGUCGCUGCAGAAAUCUCCGUGCGUGACCGCCCUGGGCUGGGACACCGAACGCUUUCAGCAAUGGAGCCACGAGGGUCAGCAGCAGACCAAAGUCAGCCAACCUCCACCCGUCCUCUCCAGAGCUCGCCUCCUACUGGUGGGGUACCUAUCGGACUGCCGGGCAAGAGACGGCCCAGUGCAUGAUGGGAACUUGUACAUCAGGGACGCCAGCGGAUGUGUACCGUGCGAGAUGUCCAACUUGGAUUUGAGCCUCCUGGGGUCACUAGUCCUCUUUCCUUGCUGGUCUUACAUCCCCACCCAACAUGGAGGAGGCUAUGUGGAGGUCCUUUCUCCGCCAAUCUCAGUGACCAGCCCAGUGGUGAGACCGGAGUUGUUGGACGAGGCCCGGGCUACAGCUCUCACCCCAGACCAAGCAUCAAAGCUUCUGUGUAGCAGGUCCCACCCUCGAGGGUUCCGGGUGUCAGUGAUUGGUCGGAUGACAUCGAUCACUUCACUCAUCAAUAUCCGGGACAAACCUUUCUUCUUUUUCUUUCUUCAAGACGCAACAAAGUCUGUUCCAGUGAUAGUGAAGGUGUCACAAAAGCUGUCUUGGUAUCACGCUGUACACAUCGGUAACACAUGCAUGGUGACAUCAUUGUCAGUAUCUUCUCUUCGUGGCUCUGCCCAGCAGAUUUUUGCCGUUACCCCCUCUUCUUGCCUUAUCCUACAUCCUGCACUUUCACCACCAUGUUCCUCCAGCCUUACUAAAGAAAAUUCACAAGAGCGGACAGCUCCCUCUGCUGGUGGGGAAGAGCAGCGCUUUAACCCGCAAGAAAAAAUAAGGGAAAAGCAACAGAAGAUGUCAAAGACCUUAACCUAUGAGGGUGUUGUGACCCGUGUCCGGGAUGCCGGUGCCGGUCUGUAUGAGUUGGAUGCGGCGGUGGUUCUCUGCACGGCUUACACACAGCUGCCAAAUGGAGGGAGAGGACUUCGAGAGGGGGCGAGAGUUGAGGUAUGUGACGUUCACCUCCAGCAGUCCCCGAGCCCUCUCUUCCCUACCAUCGUCCUCUCCACCUGUCUGAGAAGCAGAGUCCGAGUCUUUGAGUUCUCUCAUCUAAGUGCUCCUUGUCCUGUGUAUUCCACCUCCGGGAAUCUCUACCUCCACCUCCUCUUCCACUACCGACUGACACUUCCAGAGUACCUCUGGGUGUGUGACGUCAUGGGGAAGCUGCAGGACAAACUGCGGCCGCCACUUCUCCGGCCUCGCUGCCUCACCCGUCACACCGGCGGAUCCUCCUCCCACAGCGUCAUAGAGAAGCUGCUGGAUUCCUCGCUGUCCUUGUCGGGUGGGAGACGUGAGAGGGACCUGUGUGAGGAGAUGGUGGCCAGUCCACACAACUGCCCGCUCCAGGAGUACUCUCCCCUUCCCCCGCCGUGGUGUCUCCCGCCUCUCUCUGAUUUCUCAUCUCUAGCCUGCAAGUCUCAGUAUCUGCGGAGGAGGGAGUCCAAUCAGAGCCUUGGGUGGUGCCAUUACUGUCUGCCAUCAGAGGACCUCUCUCCUCCCCAUGUCCUCCUCGGUGUGCUGCAUGCUUCCUCCUCAGGAUUCCUCCAGUUAAAGGAUCACUCCUCUUCCCUCACCUGCCUGAUUCUGCCGAUCGCUCCCAUUGGUUGGAUAGGGUGUGUCCUCGAAGUGCGUCAGUAUCAGCUGGUGGUGGAAACUCUGCAAUGCAAAGACACGGGCAUAGAAGAGCGAAACAGGGGAAGGUUUGAUAUCGAGCGGCAACAAGCGGGAGAAGUCAGCCUGCGGAUAAUCCUAUCCAGCAAACGCUGCAUCCGCGCUGAAAGGUCCUACGCCGUGUUCCUUGCUGAGGAUGUCACCGUUCUUCACUCUCCGCAGACCUGUCCCUGGUGCUCAGUCGCCGGACCUUCUGGGCCGUCCCCUAGUAAGGUGCGGCGGGUGGAGACUUCCUGGGCGCGGCGCCUCCUGCUGAUCCACAGCAUGGAGGGUAUGCUGACUUUGCCGGACCACAGGAAGGGGCUUCAGUUUCAGGUGAAGGCUUCAUGGCGGGAUAUGAAAGAAUCCUCCUGCAGGGGACAAGAUGGAGGACAAAGUACCGAGGUACCAAAAGAUGGAGACAAGGUACCAAGCAAGGUGUCACUGCUCUUCACUUCCUCCUCAGUUCGGUGGUUUCCUUUACUGCAACCCAACAGACAAUAUCAGAUUAUUGCCAGCAAAGAAACGGAUGCUGGAAUAUUUGAUUCGUUGUCUGAGUGUGGUGCGGAUAUGCCGCGUGCUCCGCGGUGUCUGAAGGUCCCCAGUGAUUGGAUAUUGGAGGAUGUGGAGAAUUCUGACCAUUCGUACAAUGCUGAAAGCUUCUCCAUAGAGGAGGCCGUGAAGAGCAGUUCCAGCGGUUCUCUGGUGUCUGUGAGCGGCGCGGUGUCCUCUCGUUCCAUGUGCGGCACGCAAACAGUGCAGCGGCGCGCGCGUUCUCAAGACAACUUCCUGCCACCCGGCGUCUCCAUCAAGCUCAUCCUGACUCAGCCCGUCAGCCAGUCAUCAGUAUCAGUCUAUUUGGAUCUGACGCUGGGCCCGUACCCUCUGGGGCUCCUCCCGGGGGCCACGGUGCUAAUGCAGGGGCUGGAGAGGAAGGUGUCCAGGUCCGGCAAAACGUAUCUCCGCAGUGUGCCCACCACCUACAUUUGCGUCCUGAGCCCCCCGACUGAGAUCAGUGACAGUCAGCCGGCUCCACCACUUGUGCUGUUCAGGCAGCUCUCUGGUCUCCCCUCACCCCAGCGUGCCGUGUGCUCCGUGACCUUUGUCCUCAGUGUCACCUUGUCCUGGGACUGCUCCAUGUGUUGCAGCCCCUUCACCCAGAGCUCAGGAAGCUUCAAGUGCAUCGAAAACUUUUUGUAUUUAGGUUUUAGAUGUUUUUUUAUCUGUAACACCUUUUCUGUAUGGGAGGCGCUGCAGAGACAAGUUCUGGCCCGGGGGAGAGUGGCGGUGAGGAAUCGCGGAAGGAGUGAACUGCCGAGUGAAGAGCACAGUGAAGACGCCCUGGCGGAUCAUGUGACCUCCCUGAUGUCCCGCCCAGCUGUAUCCCGCCCCUUUGUUGUGACAUUCAGACAGACCGGAGUAGGUGGAGCCCAGACCUCAGGUAUUGCCUGCGGACCUGUACACCUCACCCGAUUCACGCGAGGCGACAGAGAAUACGUUACCCGCAUCCCGUCCCCUCCCACGCUGACCUGUCUGCAGCUGGAGGAAGUGGAGCCCCGCCUCUUGUGUCAGCUGAUCAGAGAGCGCCGGUCAUGUGACUGCUAGAUCCGCACGCAUUCCAGAUGUUUAUGUUCUUGUAAAUUGAUCAGAAAUUCUAUUAAAUGUUUAUUUUUGU